UAUAUAAACUGACUAUGCAGAUGUUGUCAAUGAAAGCAAGGCUGAAACGUAAUUCUCGUUGUGCCCGCCAAACUCAAUCGCGGGGCCCCGCUAAACCCUAGGUGCCUCCACAACAAGCAAAUAUGUAUCUUUGAUAAUUAUGCAAGUCUACGGCGACGCGAUGCCUUUGGCUGGUGCGCUGUCUGGGCCCGGCGUGCUGCCGACACGACCGGCCCAGCGAUGCUGCCCUGCUCCAGAGCAGCGACUGCCUAUUGCUCGGUGCUUCUCGCUCGUUGCGGCUUGUCACAGCUUUUCGAGCGCUAGCACGGGCCAAUGUUUGCUGUCAGCAACGACUGUUGCAGUCGCUGGCGCCCUUUCCACGGGCUGGAAUUCCGCGGCCGGUGCACUCUCGCCGGCACCCAGCGCUGGCCAGCGCCUGCAGUGGCGACGGCGGGUAAUAGCAGUUGCUCGCAGUCGGCGGGACGCAGAGGGCGACAGUGGCUUUGAUGCGGGCGCCGUGGAUGCGGCAGAGACAUUCGCCUUCGUGGGGCUCCUUAUGCAGGGCCACCGGCUGCCCUGGCACUCGCCACCACCGCCCGCCGCCGCUGCUCCCGCCACCUCACGGCGCAAAGCUACUGCUGUCGCAUCUGCUGCCACCGCUACUGCCACACUGCCAACCACCAUCAACACAUCGGGGUUGGCAGUAGCAUCAGACGCGGGGCUACAGCCGCAGCUACAGCUGGAUCCGCAGUACGCGUGGGUGCCGUACGGCGGGGCGCUGUACCUGCCGCUGUGGGCACGGGGCGGGCACAAUGAAUGGUGGCGGCUGCGCCGAGUGCCCGUAGCACAACCUCAACCGGCCUCCACCCUCACGCCCCAGCCCAAGUCGGCGGCUCCCCUGUCGGCGACAGCGGGAGUGCGGAGGGGUGCGGAGGGGCAGACGCGGGACGGGCAAGAGCUGACCGAGGAGCAGGCGAGCUUGGACGAGCUCCAACAGAAGCAGCAGCAGCAGCAGCGGGAAGGGCAGCAGCCGGCGAAAAGGAAGGCGCUGUGGGUGCUGGGCAGCGACAUUCCCGACCGCCAGAGCAAAGCAUCGGCGCCUGGCCCCGCCGCACCGGCACAGGGCACAAGCGCCAAGCCGCGUGGGGGCAUUGCCUGGGCUGGCACACAGGAUGUGGGUGAGGAGGACGGGCGAGCAGCGGCCGCAGAAGCGCCUGCCUUGCCUGCAACGCCAGCUCCAAAGAAGUCGCUGUUUAUUCUGGGAUCGUCCAUACCCCAGCGGCCGCCCCCGGUGCCAGCGCCUGCCAGCUCCGGCGAGCAGGCGGAUGCAGCACCGCUGCCGCCGCCGGCUGGGCGGAAGAACGGGUCGCUGUUUAUGCGAGGCGGAGACAUCCCGCAACGCAGCCGACCCGACCCGUCACGCGCCACAGCGGAGGCGGAGGAGCAGCAGCAGCAGCAGCAGGGGCAGCAGCAGGGGCAGCAGGGGUUGGCCAAGCAGCCCCUGACCUGGUCAGGGGCGUUGGGGUCCAGUUCGGCUUCGGUUCCGGCCGGUCCGGCGGGCAGCUCGGAUGGAGGCGAGGUGGCGGAGGGGGCAGCCGGCGCCGCCCAGCGACGGUCGCUGUUCAUGCGAGGCGGCUCGAUUCCCUUUCGUGGGGAGGCUCUGCCAGGUGCGGCACCACCGCAGCCGCAGCCGCAGUCGGCUUCCCCUGCGCAGCGUGGCCGAGCAAUUGCCUGGGGCUCGGCGGCGCCUGCGGCAGCGUCGGCUGCAGCGCUGACGUCGGACUCAGGCGGCGAGCGGACGGCUGCAGGGGGGCUGCGGGAUGAGGCACCGCAAGGAAAGCGGUCGCUGUUCAUGCGCGGCAGCGACAUUCCGCAGCGCGGCACCGCCGUGCCGCAGCAGCCGUCAGCAGCAGCAUCGCCGGCAGGGCCGGCGUCGGGGGCACUUCCACAAGCACCGGGACCUGGACUUGGACUGGGGCCGGCGCCGGCGUCUCAGGCCAAAGGCUCACGCCAGCCGCUAGGACAGGGGCCGGCGCAGGGCCAGGGCUUGAAUCAAGACCGGGGCCCGGCUGCCCCAAAGAAGUCUCUGUUCAUGCUGGGAUCAGCCAUCCCGCACGGGGCUGGUGCGCCGCCGCCCCCGCCACCAGCACCAGCACCACCACCGGCCCCGCGGCCACAAGCGGCGCCGCUCUUUGUGCCACGGCCGGCAGCUGUGCCGGCCACACAGCCAGUCACGGGGUUGCCCGCCGUGCGCGGAGCACGCUUAGACACUAGCGCUGGCAUAGACGAGGAGGGCUGGGAGCUGGAGAGCUCGGAUGAAGAAGACGGCUGGGAGGCAACGGCUGGCGCUGCGCCGCUGGCGCCGUCGUUGCCGCCGACGCCGACGCCGAAACAGGGCAUGGCUGCGGCAGCGGGACCCGCCGCUCCGGGCCGGUCCUGGUUCGUGCGCGGCAGCGACAUUCCCUUCCGGCCCCCUGCGGCGGCGGCACCAACGGCACCACCACCGCCACCGCCUUUGCGGCCAUCAGCGAAUUCACCUGCCUCCAACGUGGGGCUAUCACGGGCUGCAUGGCCAGCGCCUUCGCAGCCACAGCCACAGCCACAGCCGCAGCCACAGCCACAGUUGCAGUCGCAGUCGCGGACUGAGGUGACGGCUGCCAGCGCGCCUGCUGCCGCCGUCAGCAGCCCCACGGGCCGCCGCGGCCGCCGCAACCCCCUCGGCAAGCCGCCCGGUGCCGCGCCACCUGCUGGGGCUGCUGGGGCUGGGGCUGGGGCUGGGGCUGGGGCUGGUGGGGCUGAGGCAGCCGCCAGUGGGCCUGGUGCGGCAAGCGAGUUGGGCGCCCAAACGGCAGUGGGCCCGGCGCCCGCAGCAGCCGCUGCUGCUGCUCCGCCUGCAGACCCGACUCCGGGGAAGGCAGCUGCCGCUGGCCCCGCAGCUGCAGCCGCAGAAGGCGCAGAAGGCGCAGCCCCCAAGAAGCGGCGCGUGCGCGCCACCGCCAUCCGCAAUACGAUUGUGAUGCCGCGCGCCACCGCCUCACCGCCUGCUGACGAGGGUCACAGCAAUGCCCUCGUGGGCGGUCCUGCCGCCGGCGGAGUGGACGCCUUGACGCCGCUGGAGGCUGGCAGUGGGGACAGGGCUGCGCAGCCGGACGCAAGCGCAGCAGGUGGUGUAACCGGGAUGCCGGCUGCGCCACCCGCUACAGUCACAGCUGCAGGGGCGCCCGCCCGGCGACGAGCACGAGCCACCGCGCUGCGGCCCACGUCUGAGCCGCCGCCAGCAGACGGCGACACCGGCACAACGCAAGAGCCAGCCACCAACAGCGGAAGCGCCGGGCGGAAGCUAGGCGCGGUUGCCGCCGGUCAGCCGGUGGCUGUAGCACGGCUUCCGUCGGCUGCUACAGCCGCGCCCGUGCGCGUGCGUGUCUGGGGCCUGCGGGCACCUGCUCCGGGCGCCGCGUCCUCGCCAGCGCCAGCUACCCCAUGGCUCCGGCCUCAGCCGUCGGUGCCGGCCGCGCCCUUCGCGGCGCCGCCGCUGGCUGCAACCGCCUUCGCCCGCUUCGCUGUCACCGCCACAGCUAGCGCGGUGCUGGCGGUGGCGGCGGCGGCGGGUGCGGCUGGGGCGCUGCCAACCACGCGUCGCGUCGGCCGCGCUGGUGGCGCCGCUACAGCUACUGCAUCGGCUGCUGCUACAGCCGCUGAUGGGCCUGCUGCUGACGGCGUGGGCGGGCGCAAGGCGGACGCGACCAAGGCUGCUGUGGCGUUCGAGUGGGAGCUGUGUGUGAGCUGCUACAGCCAGACCACCCGCCCGGGAGAGCGCCUGCAGAGCUGGACGCGUGUGUGCGUUUUGGACGUGCCGGCUGACGCGCCGCUGGCGGCGGCGGUGCUGGCGGCGGAGCAGCAGCUGCAGCGGCUGUCAGACGCCGCGCCGCUGCCGGUGGGGCCAACGCCGCCGCCGGCAGCCGGCACUGACGCAUUUGGGAGCGCUUAUGGGGCAGACGCAGUCGCCCCGGCGGCGUCAGAAACUGAGUCAGCCUCGACAGAACAAGCAACAGUAGCCGCAUCCGCAGCCCCAACACCAACAACCACACCGGCAGGGGCUGGCGAAGCCGACGCUGGCGACGAGGUCACACCAGCAGCUGCGGCCGCAGCGGCGCGCAGUGCAAGCGCUGUGCCGCUCACGCCAUCAUCGCUUGCAACCGCCCUUGCCCGGGCCAGCCUGCCGCAGGUCUCAGACCGGCGGCCCAGCGCGCAGCAGCGGUCGUUGCUGAUGCGUCUGGCUAGGUCGGGGCGGCUGCGGGGCCUUGACCCUGUGGUGCUGAGGGCACUGGCUCCAGAGGAGUGGCUGGAGGCGGCGCGGGAGGCCGGAUUCGACCCCGGCCUCGAUGAUGACGACGGCGGCAAGGAGGCCGCGGAGGCACACCGGAGGCUGUAUGGUGGAGCGGGCGUGGGUGCGGAGGGCGGGACGGGGUCGCUGGCGUCUGCGGUGUCGUCGGUUUCGGUGGACGGGGAUGGAGAAUGGGGCGAGGAGCGUCUGGACGAUGAGUUUGAGGCGGACCUGCGAGCCCUCCUGAGGCCCGGCAGUAGCAGCAAUGGAGGCAGCAAAGGCAGUGCGGCCGCCGGGGGCAGACGCAAGGGCAGCACGGCAGCAGCCAGAAACGGCAGUAGCAAGACGCACGGGAAGCAGGCUGUAGCAAGUCCCGCCGCCACGGCUGGCCUGCUACUGCACCACAUCCUGGCGCUGCAGACGCUGGCGGAGGCGGCCGAAGUGGCGGCGGAGGCGCGCAUCGCAGCGGCGGCCGCCGCCGCCGGCCGGCCGCCGCCGCCCAGCCGCCGCCAGCUGGGCCUGAUCCGCAUGCUGCUGAAGCGUGCGGCGCGUGCUGUGGACUGCGACGCCGGGCCCUGGCUUCGCCGCAUCUUCAAAGGCGCAGUCAAGCCGGAGCGGCGACUGCGGGAGCUGGUCGCGGAGAUGGCGGGCGAUCAAGACGCCGGCGGCGGCAGUGGCGAGUACGACGUGCAACUGCAGCUGUACGAAUACGGCAUGGGGUCCCAAGGUUCACUGUACGACGGCGGCAACGCAAUGGCGGCGCUGGCGGCUAAGGCUAGGGUGCAGGCAGCGGCGGCGGCUGCCAAGGCGGCGGCGGCGGGGCCGCCUUUGGACCGCGUGUUGGCGUGCCUGAGCCGUGAGGGGGCCAAGCUGGUGAUUGACCGGCUGAAGGCGGUCGUGGAGCGCUUGCCUAAGGAGGAGCACUAGCAGCUUGUGGUGGUGAGGGUGGUGGCGACGGUGCCGAUGGUGGUGGUGAUGCCAUGAUGGCGCAAGCGAAAGCCCCCAAGCCCCCAAAACGUCUUACAGUCAUCCCACGCCGCCCUAUCCUGUAAGAUACCCCCAACUGUAAGAUACCCCCAAG